AUGUUUAAGGAACUGGUGGAUCAGCUCUAUUCAUUUCGAGACCGCUAUUUCGACACGCAUAGUGUUGCGGAUGCUGGGAGAAAGCCGCAGGACGUGCGGGAGGAGAUGGAGAAGACCCUGCGGCAGAUGGAGGAAAUCAUGGGCUCUGUCCAGGGCAAGGCCCAGGUGCUGAUGCUAACCGGGAAGGCACUGAACGUGACUCCUGACUAUAGCCUUAGGGCUGAGGAACUUCUAUCAAAGGCGGUGAAGCUGGAGCCUGAGCUGGUGGAAGCCUGGAACCAGCUGGGUGAGGUGUACUGGAAGAAAGGGGAUGUUGCAGCUGCCCACACCUGCUUCUCAGGAGCCCUCACGCAUUGCAAGAACAAAGUCUCCCUGCAGAACCUGUCCAUGGUGCUUCGCCAGCUGCGGACUGAUACUGGGGACGAACACUCUCGCUGUGUCAUGGACAGUGUCCUCCAGGCCAAGUUGGCUGUGCAGAUGGAUGUCCAUGAUGGCCGUUCUUGCUUCUCUGGCGACUCGCCCAGCGUACAGAUUGCAUACGAGAAGGUUGACAGCACAGCCUCCACCAAUCCUGACCUUCAUCUGAACAGGGCAACGCUACAUAAAUAUGAGGAGAGUUACGGGGAGGCCCUGGAUGGCUUCUCGCGCGCGGCAGCACUGGACCCCGGCUGGCCAGAGCCCCAGCAACGAGAACAGCAGCUCCUGGAAUUCCUGGAGAGAUUAACCAGCCUCCUUGAGAGCAAGGGAAAGGUAAAGACCAAAAAGUUGCAGAGCAUGCUGGGAAGCUUGCGACCAGCGCAUCUCGGCCCUUGUGGUGAUGGGCGCUAUCAGUCAGCUUCUGGGCAGAAGAUGCGCCUGGAACUCAAGCCACUGAGUGCCCUGCAGCCUGGUGUGAACGGUGGUGUUGUGGUCCUGGGAAAGGUGGUGUUCAGCCUCACCACCGAGGAGAAAGUCCCCUUUACGUUUGGCCUGGUGGACUCCGAUGGGCCUUGCUUUGCUGUCAUGGUGUACAAUAUUGUGCAGAGCUGGGGUGUGCUCAUUGGGGACUCCGUGGCCAUUCCUGAGCCCAGCCUCCGGCUGCACCGAAUUCAGCACAAGGGGAAGGACUACUCCUUCUGCAGUGUCCGUGUGGAGACACCCCUCCUGCUAGUGGUGAAUGGGAAGCCUCCGGGCUCCAGCAGCCAGGCUGCGGCCACGGUCGCCUCCCGACCACAGUGCGAAUGACCUGCCUUGACUCACAAGCUAAAGGUGGAGAGAUGGCCCCGGGGCACAGCUCAAGGGCAGUGACGCGGCCAGGAUGGGGUUGAGGCUGUUUGGCAUGAAGACUUCCCCUUCCUGUGCACUGGGUGCCUCCCAUCGGUAUCUCGCUCUGCUCUACGCGAGCCCCCUCCAGGGCCGAAUGCUCCCCCAUGGAUGCUGCUCCUGCGCCUCUCACUGCUCUCUGCGUGAGGCAGAGAGCACGGAAUGGGCAGACUUGUUGGGAUCUCACUCUCCCAGUGGUGGAUGGAGUCCCCAAGGUUCCUGUUCUUACCUCCUUCCUGAGCCUCCUGUGUACAUAUCAGUUCAGUAUUUAUUGCUAAGGGAGGGGGUGUAAUUUUUUUAAUGAUUUGGUUUUUGAAUAAUUGUUACUUUUAAUUUUUAUUUUCCCUCUUAGGGAUUGGAAUAGAUAGAAUUAAACGCAUUUGGACAAAAGCAAA